UGGUAAACUAUUGGGUAAGUGGCUUCCCCCUGUACCCUGCCUCUUUCCCCCUGUACCCUGCCCCUUUUAAGUUUUUGAGCUUUGGGCAGCAGCAGCUGGAAGGACAUUCUCGCCUCUUCGAAAAGUCAUAUCCAUAACUCAAGACCAGAUUAAACUUGGAUUCUUAGACGCCACCAUGCUGGUCUCUGGCUGCCUGCUGGUUCGCCUGGCCGUCCUUCUCAGCGUCCUCCUGGUGCAGUCCUGCAAAGGGCAGUCUUGGGAAGCUUUUCAAAACAAGCACAUUGAUUAUCCCCAAACCCGAGCCUCCAACCCCAGUGCCUACUGCAACCUCAUGAUGGUGAAGAGGAAUCUGAAUCCGAGUAGAUGCAAACCGAGGAAUACUUUCAUCAACCAUGCCAAGCAGUCUGUCCAAGACGUCUGCGGCAGUGGUGGGAAGCAUUGGCAAGAUAAAUUCUAUGACAGCAUCGAGAACUUCCCCAUGAUUGACUGCAACUUCACCGAUGGUAAACCUCCUAAUGACUGCAAAUACAAAGGCACAAAGACCUCCAGGCGCAUUCGGGUGACCUGUGAAAACAAGAAGCCUGUUCACCUGGAGAAGGUGCUGUGAUAGGCAGAAAACCAUGCAAGCCAUUGAAGCCAGAAUGCUUCUUUGGCCAUUUCUCCCUGCAACGCAUCCACAUCGUUGGCUUUCCCCAGUUUAACAGUCAUUUCCCUUUUCCAGGGGACCCUGGGAGCUGUGGCUCUAAGGGCAAUGACACCGGGCUUCUAACUAAGCAUUCUGUUGCUUUCUCUCAAUGGCUAUUCUCUCAAUAAAGCUCAUUCUAUCAAAAGCAAAAUGUGUGUCUCUGUGCCUACAUUCUGCCUAUGAAGAGCUCAGAAGCUCUUUACGAGUGAAAGCAGGAAAUCAGAGAAACUUGUUUUCUCCCCAGAGAGAAUUAAGGAAAUUAAGGCAAACCUCCCCAGGGAGAGCAUUCCACAAAGAGGGAGCCAUCGGAAUUCCUUGCGGCAAUAAUGAUCCCCUAAACUAGGAGGUUAGGACGCGGGUGGCACUGUGGUCUAAACCACUGAACCUAGGGCUUGCCGAUUGGAAGGUCAACGGUUCGAAUCCCCACGAAGGGGUGAGCUCCCGUUGUUCGGUCUCAGCUUCUGCCAACCUAGCAGUUCGAAAGCAUGUCAAAGUUGCAAGUAGAUAAAUAGGUACCACUCCGGCGGGAAGGUAAACGGCAUUUCUGUGUGCUCCUCUGGUUCACCAGAAGUGGCUUAGUUAUGCUGGCCACAUGACACGGAAGCUGUACGCCAGCUCCCUCGGCCAAUAAAGCGAGAUGAGCGCCACAACCCCAGAGUUGUCCGCGACUGGACCUAACAGUCAGGGGUCCCUUUACCUUUAAACUAAGGGGUUAAGAGCUUGUGUGAGCUGAGGUACAGAUCCCACUUAAUAUUUUCUGCUGCAAGACUCCUUUAGGAAGUAUGCAGGGAGGUAGCUUUCCUCCCUGCUCUGCAUG